GUAUUUGGGACUUGAGAGUUUUUGCCGUUUGGUUAUGGAGUUUUCUUCCCCAAGUGUCUUGUUUCUUCCUGGGCCUUGUAAUACUUGUUUUUCACCACAAUUCUUCAAGAGCAGUCGUCGGUUCAAACCUAGAAGAGAACCGUGGUUUUUCAGGUCUAGUCGUGUUGUUCGUUUUUCUGAAACUUCCAGGAGUGCCAUCGGCGGCAAGGUCGUUGUCAACGCCGAGUCUUUAAAAGACGCCUUUCCCAAAGCAGGCAGAAGAAGCCGUGCAGUUGAAUACCACUUUGAAAAGUUAGUGGCCUAUUUCAGUGCCCAACUCGUGCAGCAGAUCUACAAAGCACAAGAGGGUCACUGUUCGUUUGAUAUGACAGGAAAUACGUUAGAAAAAGCCUCGUCCAACUUUUCGAAAGGUCUUAGCAGAGCUUCUUGUGGUGAGAAACAGACACAGAAAGAAGGAAAAACUUUCUUUCAAUCUGUGUACAACGAAGAUAAUUUUUUGACAAGUACAUUGUGCAAUCAAGAAGCACUUGUCGUAUUUCCGUCGACUCCAAGUCCUUCAAAUAGUACUAUAUAUUCUUUCCGUACCGGGGAAGUUCUAGAUGGAGAAGACUUGACCCCUGCAUUGCCUUACACUUUGAACAAGGACGAAAAGAGAGACUCUUCGAAGCAGUGGAAGUAUAUAGAACCGUUGUUAUCCUAUUUACCUUUGGAAGAUUUGUACAAAGUCGAGUUGGCACUGAGAUUGAGUGCUGAGUGGAUUCAUAACUUGGUAGGGAACAAUUCUUCGUCUUUGAUGACAAAAGCUUUAGAUAUGAUUGAGAUGCUUGCUUCGUUCAAUGUCGACAAGUACUGUCUUAUAGCUAGUAUCCUUUCCGUUUUAGAAGGGAAGGUGAAAUACCCCACUUUGGCGAGGCUUUGUUUAUUGUUUGACUAUUCAGUUUUGAAUAUUUUGCGGGAGUAUAUAUUUAUGGGAAAUAUGGCUCAUCUUAUGCUUGAUAUGCCUGAGGGUAACUCGACUUGGGUUAAAACUCAUCUCUGGGCGUCCAUCACCGAUUCUCGAGCAGUUUUGCUGCGUUUAGUAGAACGUCUCUGGUCACUUCGACAGAUUUACAAAUGGCCUCUUUAUAUACAGCAGUCGACGGCUUUGGAGACUUUACAGGUUUUUGUUCCCCUUGCAAGUGCUGCAGGAUUCGGAAGACACAUGUAUGAAAUGGGCGAUCGAAGUCUGAGAAUAUUGUUUCCUCAGUCCUAUUUGAAGUUAGAGAAGUGGCAUUUGCGUAUUCGAGACAAUGGACAACGUGUUCUUUCUUGUGCACAACGUGAACUUCUUACUUGUCUCAUGAGAGAUCCUUUUCUGGUUCGUCUUGCAGAGCAGUUUACAAUUACUGGACGUACGAAGAAUAUGGUAUCCACUUUUAUGAAAAUGCUGAAACAGAACAAGACAAAAGAGCAGAUACUUGACUUUAUCGCAAUGAGAGUCGUUAUUCGUUUGCGACCAGGAGUCCGAGUAGAACAUGGAGACGAUACAGAGUUGGCAGUUUGUACACGUGUUUAUGAAAUAGUUAGUUCGCUGUGGAAGGAAGUUGAGGGUAGAUAUAAGGACUAUGUUAUUGCACCCAAACCGAAUGGCUAUCGUUCCAUUCAUACUACUGUACAACAUCCAAGUGGCUUUCCAGUAGAAGUUCAAAUACGAACUGAAGAAAUGCAUCUGUUAGCGGAACAUGGAACUGCUUCUCAUCGUUUUUAUAAAGGCGAGAUAGAAUAGAAGUUCUAGUACGAGUCCUUGCGGCGAUCUUUUUAUUGUCUUUGUUUGGCUGCAGCAAGCAAGGUGUGAUACUUUGAUUGUAAAUAUAUAAUAUAUAAUAUAAUAUAUAUAUGUGUGUGUGUGUCUGUGUGUGGGGAAUCGCUUUGUUUUUUUGAGAAGAAGGUUUUUAGAAAGGGCUUUUUGAAUCAACCGUGAUUCUUGAAAUACCAUUUUCAUUUAUGGCAACACCAAUCAAUCUAAAAUUAUUAGAAUGAUUGGGUUUCAUUGGCAAACCAUACAUCAGAAAAUGAUAUGCAAACUAAGUGACUUGUUUUGAUAUCGGAAGAACUUGUUAAUAAAUUGAGAGAUCAACAAGAGUUCUUUCUGGAAUUUUUUUGUCUGAAAUAAGUAAGUUUCCAAGAAAACAGUGUAUCGACAA